UGUGGAGCACAGAGCUCUUUCCUUGAGAGAAGCUUUCUGCCUCCUGUCACUUUCUGCAGCUCACUCACCUCCCAGAAUCAGUCCCUUUCUCCUCUCCUUCGGAGCGAAGGGUUUAGUGGCGCAAAGAUGAACGAAGCACGUCCACGUUACAUCAUCAACCGUCCAGCUUAUUCUAGCAACUACUUUGAUGAAGAGUUUGAGAGAAAAACUAGAAGUUACCCACUUGGGGAGAAAAUAAAGAAUCUUUUCAGAUGUUCACCAUCCAGAUUCAAACUCAUCCUGUACAGCCUGUUUCCUAUUCUUGUAUGGCUUCCAAAAUAUAAAAUCAAAGAUUAUAUUGUGCCCGAUGUCCUUGGUGGAAUCAGUGCUGGGACUAUUCAGGUGCCUCAAGGUAUGGCCUUUGCUCUGUUGGCCAACCUACCUCCGAUCAAUGGGCUCUACUCAUCCUUCUUCCCUCUGAUAGCCUAUUUCUUGCUAGGAGGUGUUCAUCAAAUGGUCCCAGGCACUUUUGCAGUCAUCAGUAUUAUUGUGGGGAAUGUCUGUCAUGAACUGGCUCCUGAUUCCGACUUCCAGUACUUUAACCACACAGCCAAUGAGGUGAUGAUUAACAACACAGCCAUGGAAGCAGCCAGACUGGAGAUUUCUGCCACCUUGGCUUGCCUGACAGCCAUAAUCCAGAUAUGCCUAGGAUUUGUGCAGUUUGGCUUUGUUGCGAUCUACCUCUCAGAAUCCUUCAUCAGGGGGUUCAUGACAGCAGCUGGCCUGCAGAUCCUCAUCUCUGUGCUCAAGUAUAUCUUUGGCCUGAAGAUUGACUCUUACACAGGACCCCUUGCCAUUGUUUAUACCUUUAUUGAUAUUUGCAAAAACUUGCCCAAGACCAAUAUAGCCUCCCUCGUCUUUGCAUUGAUCAGCACCGUGCUUCUGAUUAUCGUGAAGGAGCUGAAUAUGAAAUACAUGAAGAAGAUUCGAGUCCCCAUUCCCAUGGAGAUUGUUAUAGUCAUUGUAGCUACUGCAAUUUCUGGAAGCUUUGAUAUGCCUGAUAAAUACGACAUGCCCAUUGUUGGCCAUAUUAAUAUGGGAUUUCCAUCUGCUACUCUUCCCGAGGUGGGCAAGUGGAAGGACAUGAUUGGCACAGCUUUCUCACUUGCCAUCGUGGGCUAUGUGAUCAACCUGGCCAUGGGCAGAACUCUUGGAACCAAGCAUGGCUAUGAUGUGGACCCUAACCAGGAAAUGCUGGCCCUCGGCUGCAGCAACUUUUUUGGAUCCUUUUUCAAAAUCCACGUAAUUUGCUGUGCUCUUUCUGUGACCUUAGCUGUGGAUGGAGCUGGAGGAAAAUCUCAGAUGGCAAGCUUUUGUGUGGCAGUGGUCGUGAUGAUAACCAUGUUGUCCUUGGGAAUCUACCUCGGCCCUCUUCCUAAGGCUGUGUUGGGAGCCUUGAUAGCUGUGAACCUGAAGAAUUCUCUCAAGCAAUUGACUGAUCCUUACUACCUCUGGAAAAAAAGCAAGCUGGACUGUGUGGUCUGGGUGGUGAGCUUCCUGUCAGCUUUCUUCCUGGGCUUGCCCUUUGGACUCGCUGUGGGAGUGGGUUUUUCCAUCCUUGUGGUGGUUUUCCAUACCCAGUUUCGCAAUGGUUGUGUCAUUGGUCCUGUAGCUGCUACUGAUAUAUACAAAAAUCCCAAAGUCUACAGCAAGGUCCGAGAAAUUGAAGGAAUUAAAAUUGUUACCUACUGCUCCCCUCUUUACUUCGCUAAUUCAGAGAUAUUCAGGGAGAAAGUUAUUGCCAAGACUGGUGUGGAUCCCAUCAAAGUCUACUUGGCGAGGAAAAAGUAUGUGAAGAAUCAAGAAAAGGCAAGGGCAACAUCAGAGAGAACAAGCAAGCUAAAAUCACUCUUCAGGAAAAACAAGACUAUGUCUCUGCAAGAGCUCCAGAAGGAUUUUGCAAGCAUGUCUCCGACAGAUACCAACAAUAACCAGACCUCCGCAAAUGGUAAAAGCGUCUCCUACAUUAACUUCAACCCAUCUGAAAAGCAGGCUGAACAGGGAACCAUUGCCAGUCAUCGCAGCAGCACCUGCAGUGCUAUCCCAGAAUCAAACACUGACCCCAUGACCACAGCGCCCCCAUUUGUCAACUUCCACACAAUUAUCCUGGAUAUGAGUGGCGUUUGCUUUGUGGACCUGAUGGGCACGAAAGCUUUGGGAAAGCUGUGCACCAACUAUCAGAGGAUUGGGAUUCAAGUAUUUCUGGCAAAUGUACAAGCCCAAGUGUAUGAUGAUAUCCGCACGGGGGGAGUCUUUGAAGAAGGAGGUCUUGAGCCCAGUCAUCUCUUCGUGACCAUCCAUGAUGCCGUUUUGUUUGCAACAAUGAAUGGAAACAGAGCCACACAACGUCCUGACUUAGAGCAGAGGUCAAGUCAGAUAGAAGUCUCUAUCUCUGAUGAAUCAUUGGAAGACAGCAGCGCUGAAUUUCAAAACUUAGAAGAGGAAAUGUUUGGAAGCAUUUUUCAUUCGGAUGCACAGACAGCACUGUGAGCUCAUGAGAAACACUCAUAUGAUGGCAAACUUCUUGACCAAGACAUUACUUUAUGAAGAGAUGUCCCUGUGUCUGAAUAGCAAGGAAAAUAGCCUUUGUGCAUUUUUGGAAUGGGACCAUUGGUGCUUUUGCAUCCCAGAGGCUUCUGACCUGAUGAUCUCUUCUGCCUCCAUUCAUCUCUGGUUAUUGAAAUGCAGAGCAAGCGAUUCUUGAAGCAGUUGGCAUGGGCGACAGAAGGAGAAACUCAGGGAAUAUUCUUCAUCUAUCUAGAAGAAGCAGAAGAAUAGCAGGACUAUAAUGACUUCUCUCUAGGCCUCAUCCCACACUUCAAGCAAUUCUUAUGAACCCUUCAGGAUGUAUCUAGCAUACACACAUACCCAGGAACUCUCAGUCAUCACCCUUGUUUUUAUUAAGAGAAAUACGAGGAAACACAGAGAACAUAUGAUUGAUCAACAGACAUAACUCUCAUGAGGUGUAGUUAUUUGGGGUUUAUUAAGGGGACGUUUGCUUCCAAAGUGUGAACUGAUUUUAUAGAGUUCACACUAAAAUUAAGCAUGUCUCUGAAGAUGUUGCCCAAUUAUUCCUCUGCUUUCGUCACUACAGCCUAAUACAGCACUCUUUGUUUCUAUGGUCUAAAUGCACCACCAGUAUGUUUAGUGACCAUCCAUCAUUUCUUGAAACAUGUGCUGUAUUUGCUGUGGUACUGAGCCUUAUCAAACUACUGCCUAGAAGUAAUGUUGUAUUCUCUAUUACAACUCCCCAUUUUUAAAGAACAGUUCUUUUCAGGGGUAGGUGUGUGUGUGUUGGUGUGUGUGUAAAUUACUUUCCAUAGGAACUACAUGCAUAGACAGACCCUUUCAGAGUGCUUUGAAUCCAAAAACUGUAACUGUCUUUUGACUCCUGCUUCUACCUUGUGUCUAGAAAUUGCAAGAUAAUAGCUACUUGCACAGUAUUUUGGUGCUUUAGUUUCCUGUUCUCAAUAACUAAACAUUUAGAAAACAUUCAGCUUAAGUUCAUAUUGAGAAAUAAACAAAACUUCUGAAGGGGCCAAUUUUCCUGGGACCUGUUUGCCAAUCCCAUACAUAUUCUGUAUGGGAUAAAAGGAUAAAUUGUACCUCUUAAAUACUAUAUUGAAAAUACUCAGAUUGCAGUCUACUAAAUGCUUAGACUUCACCUCAGAUGCAAUUUUGGUUGGAGGACUCUAAUUUGAUUUACAGGACAAAGUUCAAGGGCAACGUUUGGUUUAUUAUUUGAUCCCUCAAGCUAUUUUAAUCUAUGCAAACAUUCUCGUGGAUUUUCUUUAACGUGUGUCACAGAUGGGGAGAAUCUACCUCUCAGGCAGACCUGCCUGACUAGUUAACCUAGAAGAAGUUGUCUUUUUAAAUUUUAUUUUGUAAAUGCGAAUUAAUUUUUAUAUAAAAAUGUGAAUAAUGCAAAUGAUGUUUUCGUUUUCUGUUGUAAUUCCUUCUAGCAGCCCCAAGGUGUUGAAUAUGUAAUGCCUAUGACUUAAGGUUAAAUGUUCUAAAGUAAAUGCUAAGCCUAAGAUAUACAGCACAAGCCAGAGAACAUGAAAAAACAAACCAAAUAAAAGGUUGGCCAUUCUGAUGCGGCACUGUGCUGAAAUAAGUCAUAGUUUGGUUCAUCAUGUCUUCUGAACCCAGACUCACGGUUUAGCCCUCUCCAGAAUAACCAUCAGUUGCAUUCAAAGCUUGUCCUAUGGUUUACUGCUUGUGUUUUGUCUGCCGUAGCUAAAUCACAAGCCCAGGUUAAGACAAUACACUAAGUCAAACUAUGGCUUAACUCAGCACAGCACAGCAGCAAAACAACAAGAGAGGAGUAAAGCAACUGCAGUCUUCUCUUCCAAAGGCCACACACACACUUGGGCAUGCACACUGAGAUGUGGUUUGGUUUAAGUGUGACAUGUGAACCAGGUGAGGGGUGGGGUGCAAUCAAACCACUCUAGGAGUUUCCAAAGAAAAUAAAAAAUAAGAAAUGGAAAUGGAAAUAACUUGAAACAGAAAUAAAAUUAUCUCCUCCCCCCCCCCCAAAUCUACAUUGUUCUAACUAGUGGAAAAUCACAGAGAUUUCAAAUGCAUGCUUAAUGUAGAUGAUUUUGGAACUUUAAAAAUAUAUUGUUUUAAAGCUGCA